AUGCCACCUCCUGCAUCAAGAAUAUCAAAGAAACGAUACAUUGAUAUUGUCGAAGCUAUUUACGACUAUGAAUCAGCAGACGACUCGUGCUUGAGCUUCAAGAGAGGAGAGAUUUUACGAGUCUACGCAAAGGAUAAUAGUGGCUGGUGGGAUGGUGUAGGAAAUGAGAAAAGAGGGUGGUUUCCAUCAAACUUUGUCACCAGUAUCAAAGAUCAGGAUAGACGGGCUUCAUCCAGUAAUUCCUUGGCAUCUGUAGGGUCGUCAUUCGCUGCUCUGAGCAUGGAAUCGACGUCUAUAGCACCACUGCCGUUAGCAACACUUGACGACUCACCACCAGCACAUGCAAACGACGUUAAACGGGAACUACCGCGCCCUGUCUCAACAUCCACACCGUCGCUUGCAACAACGGGUCGAGAAACGUUGAAUGAUACAAACGCACCUGGGAGACCUGCAUCAGAAGCAGCACUAUUACAACUAGAAUCGUUGGAGAGAGCUCUAAGCUUAAUAUUGAAUGGAGGUGGUGAUAUAUCGGUCUUGUCAGAAACCGUCGCUGGUUCUAUGCCAUCUUCAUCAAAUACAGUCGCGAAAACAGCAGCAACAGUAGUCGCACCAGACGCUGAGCCUAAAAUCCCUUCACCAACAAUGCCAUUGCCACCUAUUGCUAAUGCAGAGACUAUAAAUGUUGAACCAGUGGAAAAGUCUUUGAGUGGUACCAACUCUCCUAUUCCAGCCAAACGAAUUAUUGACAUAUCGAUAGAAGAAUAUACCGUUGUUAAACAAGUCGAGCCAUCAAAGGAAACCACCAUCGACCCACCAAAGAACGUGAAAGCAACAGAGUCGCCAAAGACUAACGUGGAGGCCAAACCAACAGUCGAUGAACCAGAGUCAUCGCCAAGGGCUACCGAAUCGCCAAAAGUCAAAGAUUCUGAGCCAUCGCCACAAACUGUUGAAUCGCCAAAUGCUAAACCAGCAGUCAAAGAAGCAUCGCCAAAAGCAGAAGAUUCACUAGCGCCAUUAGUAAUUCCAAGUCCUGCCAUGUCAGGCUCAACUAUAGUAAAGGAGAGGACGCUAAGUAGUCCCGUAAAAGAAGCACUGGCCAUGUUUGAAUCCAAGGCUCUGGAAGGCAAGAAGACACCACCACCCACAAUUACAGUCCCAUCUCUAGCUCCCACGGGCGGAAUACACGAUAUAAAGGCCAACAAUCCACUAGAGCAUCCAAUAUCACCACGAAUACCGACAGUGUCACCCGCAAAAGAACCAACAUCUGCCAAUGUCAUGUCAUGGGAUCUGUUGGCUGAUAAUAUAGUACACGCCCUCUCCGACCUCAAUGGAACAAACACUCUUCAAGAACGAGGCAAAUAUCUCGGAUCAGCCAACAAUGUUGUCGCAACGGUACGAUACAUGUUGGAAUGUGCAGGCAUCACUUCCAAAAGCUCUCAUGUCGUAUCACUUCCAUCUAUAAAAACCCAUUACAAGAACUUGACUCCAUCAUUGAGCAGACUUGUACUAACAGCAAAAGUCGCAUCUGGAAUAUCACCACCAGCGGAUGCAGCUGAUAAAGUAAAAGAAGCAGCUGGACAAUUGUUAGAUGUUAUUAGAGACUUUGUCAAUGCUGGGAAAACAGCAGGUGUCAAGCUGAUUCCUAGGCCGCCACCACAAAAGGAUGUUAACGAGAGCAAAGAAAUCUCUGACGUAGAAAUGGUUGCUCGCUUGGAAGUCUUCAAGCCAGCAAUAUCAGGUGGUUUGAGAGAGCUUGUGAGAUUAGCAGAGCUAGGACAUAAUGAACCCAUAAAUCCAGAUGCUCUCGCCGAAUGUGCCCGAUCUACAGUGACGGAUAUAGGUCAAUUACUGUCAAUGCUCGAAGACAUACCUGUAGUCGAAGUGCCCGACCUAAAUGCUGCACUCAAGACCUUCCGAGCUCGUCGUGACUUUUUAUAUAGUUUGGUCAAUGAUCUCGUAUCUGCAGUCCGCUUAUGUGCUGAUGAAUUCGCACCAAUCUCUGCUAUCGCCGAUUUAGUAGAUAUCUCAAAUGCCGUACAGCACGCAGUGUUGGACACAAUCAUAUCGACAAAGACAUUGAUACAUCAAAAGGAGGCAUAUGAGCAGAAAGUGUUGAAUAGUGGAGAGUUCAAGAGUUUGACUGAUCUCUUGAGCUCACCGUCUCGACGUAAUGCCGACAAGGUCAAUUGGGCACUAGUCCAGAAUAAACUCACCUUGCCGCGUGGUGGACGUGCUGCCUCAACUCAACCUUCCACUCCGUCAUCAAUAGUUGCAGAAUCCACAUUUACUCGAUCACCAUCUGUACCAUCCCAUAAACCAUUAACACCAAGCUCGAUGGCCAGCUCGUACGAUCUACCAACGCGAGACACUGACACAGACUCCAACUCGAGACCCGGAUCUGCAUUCUCAUCGCAAAAUGAUAUAUCAAUCAUGUCUGGAAGACAUAGUGCUUACGACGGUAGUAGUGACGAAGAUGAGCUAUUCGAUACGUCAAGUCGAUCCACAUCUGUAUUAAGUAAAGGAAACUUCAAAACAAUGAAGUUGCGAGACAAGAAAGUCAGUCUCAGCAGUGACGUUUCUACUGGAUCAUCAAAACUACUAGCCUUCUUUGGAGCCGAUUCUAGUGAAAGCGUGGCUCGAGCCUCCAUGGAAAUCAGAAAGAAGGCAUGGUUUUUGGAAUAUGAUUCACCGUCCAAUGAUAUUUCAUUCAAUAUGGAGGGGCAGGUUAAUGGUGGAACGUUUCCGAGUCUGGUUGAACGGUUGACGAUUCAUGAUGUUCCAGUCGAUCCACACUUCAUGAGCGCCUUCCUCAUGAUGUUCAGGUCCUUUGGCACACCAUCAGACUUGGUCGAUUUGCUCAUCAAGAGAUUCUUCAUUGAGCCACCAGUUGGUAUGGUUGACGACGAAGUCAAAGUCUGGAAGGAAAAGAAACAAACACCGAUUCGUCUGAGAGUCUACAAUGCAUUCAAAACAUGGCUCGAAACAUUCUGGAACGAAUCCACCGACACUCCCAUGCUCACUCGCAUCCACGAGUUUGCAGAAGGACCAAUGACAGACCACAUGCCCAAAAUCGGUGUUCGUCUCGCCGAACUAUGUCGAAAGCAAGCUGAAGGAACCCUCAAACCCGCUACAAAGAAAACCUUCUCAGCUGUAUCACAAGAUGGUCCCACACCCAUAGUCCCGAGAUCAUUCAAGAGAGUCACACUGCACGAUCUGGAUCAUUUGGAACUUGCUAGACAAUUGACAUUGAUGGAGGUCAAGAUGUUUUAUGCUAUUGAGGCUAAAGAGCUUAUAAAUCAGGAGUGGGCAAAGGGCAAGACGAAUAGCUGUGCUAUACAUAUUACCGGUUGGGUGGCUGAGAGCAUCUUGUUGGAUCAUGAUGUCAAGAAAAGAGCCUCAACACUGAAAUACUUUAUCAAAGUUGGAGACCGGCUAAUGAACAUGAACAACUUCAACACUCUUUUGGCCAUCCUCUCUGCUCUCAACUCAUCCACCAUCAGUCGUUUACGCAAGACCUGGGAUUUGCUAUCCGAGAAAACCCGCAAAACAUUCGAACUCUUAAAAGCAUCAACAGACCACAGCAAGAACUAUGCCGUGUAUCGCCAACACUUGCGAACAUGCUCUCCACCAUGCCUGCCAUUCUUGGGUGUAUACUUGACGGAUUUAACGUUUUGUGAAGAUGGUAACCCAAACAAGAGGAAUGAUGGACGUCUCAUUAAUUUCGACAAGUAUUCGAAAUCGGCGAGGAUUAUACUUGAUGUGCAAAAGUAUCAGAAUGAUCGGUACAAUUUCAUCGAAGUCGUAGACUUGCAAGAGUGGUUGCUCAAACAACUUGAACGAUCUGAAAAGGUCAAUGCUACGGAUUUGUACAGAGUGUCAUUAGCACUAGAGCCUAAAGAAGAAACCCGUAAUUAA